UUGUGUGUGUUCUUCGGUCAGGGAGUACUGUACCAAAGCAACAAGCAAUGGCAGCUCUCCGCGCGCUCGUCGUCGGCAUUGCCAUCGUCGCCGCAGCCGCACAUUAUUGGGUCGCCGGUGGCACGGCGACCAAGGGCCCGGUGACGUACGUGUUCGGCGACUCGAUGUCGGACGUGGGGAACAACAACUACUUCCAGCUCUCCCUCGCCAGGUCCAACUACCCCUGGUACGGCAUCGACUACCCCAACGGCGUCGCCACCGGGAGGUUCACCAACGGCAGAACCAUUGGAGACUACAUGGCGGCCAAGUUUGGCAUCCCGCCCCCGCCGCCGUUCCUCUCCCUGUCGUUGGCCGACGAUGACUUCCUCGCCGGCGUCAACUUCGCGUCUGGUGGCGCCGGCAUUCUGAACGAGACAGGCGUCUACUUUGUCGAGUACUUCUCGUUCGACGAGCAGAUAUCGUGCUUCGAGACUGUCAAGAGGGCCAUGAUCGCCAAGAUCGGCAAGGAGGCCGCCGAGGAGACCGUCAACGCAGCGAUGUUCCAAAUUGGUCUCGGGAGCAACGACUACAUCAACAACUUCCUGCAGCCGUUCAUGGCGGACGGCACGACGUACACGCACGACCAGUUCAUCCGCCUUCUCGUCGCCACUCUAGACAGGCAGCUCAAGAGGCUGUACGGGCUCGGCGCGCGGAAGGUGGCGUUCAACGGGCUACCCCCGCUCGGCUGCAUCCCGUCGCAGCGCGUCAAGUCGGCCACCGGGGAGUGCAUAGCCCAGGUGAACAGCUACGCCGUGCAGUUCAACGCCGCCGCCAAGAAGCUGCUAGACGGCAUGAACGCCAAGCUGCCCGGCGCGCAGAUGGCGCUCGCCGACUGCUACUCCGUCGUCAAGGAGCUCAUCGACCACCCGCAGAGAAACGGGUUCACGACGUCCGACACGUCGUGCUGCGGCGUGGACACGAAGGUCGGGGGCCUCUGCCUGCCGGACUCGACGCCCUGCCGCGACCGCAAGGCGUACGUGUUCUGGGACGCGUACCACACCUCCGACGCCGCCAACCGGGUCAUCGCCGACCGCCUCUGGGCCGGCAUGACAACGGCGAGCGCUCCGACUCCGGCUCCUCGCGCCGGCGCGCCCGGGCCAGUCGCGGUGCCGGCGCCUUCUCCUUCUCGUGCUUAAAUAAAGACUUAGACCCACAUUGAUGUUGAUCGAUUUCGCGUCUUUACUUCGGACAGUGUUUCAGUUUUAACUGUGAGAUGGAUGCUUGGUUUCGCUGCUAAUAUCUUAUCAUAAGAUUAAUCCUAUGAGCUCGUAUAGAUUGAGUAUCCCGUGCUCUACUAUGCUCAAAUUAGUUUCUUUUCUGCCAUCGAUGGGACUCCAGCACCCAGCCACUUUUUUAUUUUGAAACGGAUCACCCAGCAACUUCAAUCCUUUGUAUUUUCAGCGCAUUUAGUUUAUUUUCUCGGUAGCCCAGGAACUCCAUGGUACAGCUUUUGAGUGUGGUGUAAAAUUUAUCAAAAAAUAAUGAAAAAUACAUCCUA